AUUCCAGUGGUUUGUCUGAAGUAAAAUAGCAGAAAACGAUAGGCUAAGGAGAAGAGAAGAAAGUGGAGAAAAUACAAGUGGGAUAGAAAAAAGAUAAUAGAAAGUGAAGAGAAAACAGAGCAUCUUGGGAAAAGAGGUUAGCAAGUGUCCUACGAUUUCCCACCUCACAUAGAACAUUGGUUCCUCCCUCACACAUCAUUGUAAAUACCGAACUAAAUCUCUUUACGCCGAACCACAAACAAAAGUUCAGAACCAAACCAAGAAUCAGCAGCAUCACUCACUCGUCCAUUCCAAUGGAGAGCUUUGCACUCCAUUCUCUCUCACCAUCAACCUCAACCUCCUUUUCUCGCUUCUCCCAACUCCAUCAUCGUCCUCGCGCCGUCAUCUCCAGAUCCCAAUUCUCUCGCGCUACCCCUUCAGCUCUCCGAUCACCCAUCGUCAUUUCUCAACCCUUUUCCUUCCCUUCCAAACCCAAAACCUUUAAAUUCAACCCCUUUUCGAAACCCCAUUACCCAAUUCAGGCUUCAAAGUCCUCACCACCAACACCAACACAUCUCCAGGGUGCAAAGCCCCUGCCUUUUGUGAUCUCCAUAGGCAUAGGCCUCAUUGUUCGCUUCUUCGUCCCCAAACCGGUGGAAGUCACCCCCGAGGCCUGGCAGCUCCUCUCCAUUUUCCUCUCCACCAUCGCGGGCCUCGUUCUCAGCCCGCUCCCCGUCGGUGCAUGGGCCUUUCUGGGCCUCACCGCAACCGUCGUCACCAAGACUCUCACUUUCUCAGCAGCCUUCAGCGCCUUCACCAAUGAGGUGAUCUGGCUCAUCGUCAUUUCCUUCUUCUUUGCUCGUGGAUUCGUGAAGACUGGACUCGGGGAUAGGAUUGCCACCUACUUCGUGAAGUGGAUGGGAAAGAGCACUCUGGGCCUCUCUUAUGGGCUCACUUUCAGUGAGGUUCUGAUUGCUCCUGCAAUGCCUAGCACCACCGCCAGGGCCGGUGGGGUUUUCUUGCCCAUUAUCAAGUCACUCUCACUCUCUGCUGGCAGUGAACCCGCCACUCCCUCGGCUAAGAAACUCGGGGCUUACCUCGUUCAGAACCAAUUCCAGUCUGCUGGUAACUCUAGUGCUCUUUUCCUAACUGCUGCAGCUCAAAAUCUGCUGUGUAUCAAAUUAGCAGAGGAGCUUGGGGUGAUAGUUUCAAACCCUUGGGUCACUUGGUUUAAGGCAGCUAGUUUACCCGCACUUGUUUGUCUUCUUCUCACACCAUUGAUUUUGUACAAGCUCUAUCCCCCCGAAAUCAAGGACACUCCAGAGGCUCCUGCCCUGGCUGCCAAGAAACUCGAAAGUAUGGGUCCUGUCACAAGAAAUGAAUGGAUUAUGGUUUUCACAAUGCUUCUUGCAGUGUCUUUGUGGAUCUUUGGAGACACUAUUGGCAUAGCAAGUACUGUAGCUGCAAUGAUCGGUUUAUCAAUACUUCUCCUAUCAGGAGUUCUUGACUGGAAUGACUGCUUGGAGGAGAAAUCGGCAUGGGAUACCUUAGCUUGGUUUGCCAUUUUGGUAGGUAUGGCAAGCCAGUUGACAAACCUUGGAAUUGUGAACUGGAUGUCUGACUGUGUGGCCAGUAGCCUUCGGUCGUUCUCUUUGAGCUGGCCAGCCGCCUUAGCUGUUCUUCAGAUAGCUUAUUUCUUCAUCCACUACCUUUUCGCUAGUCAGACUGGACAUGUGGGGGCUUUAUACUCUGCUUUUCUUGCCAUGCAUAGGGCAGCCGGUGUUCCUGGUGUUCUGGCAGCACUUGCUUUAGGUUACAAUACAAAUCUUUUUGGUGCAAUAACACACUAUAGUAGUGGCCAGGCAGCUGUAUACUAUGGAGCUGGUUACGUAGACCUUCCAGAUAUCUUCAAAAUGGGGUUCAUCAUGGCUGUAAUUAAUGGUAUCAUCUGGGGAGGUGUUGGCUCUUUGUGGUGGAAAUUUUUGGGCUUGUACUGAUUUUUCAUUUCCAUGUAAGUAAAUAGCACAUUUCCCGGUUUCAGUUGGCCUUUCUUUUUCCCGGCCGAAAGAAAAGGUCCUUCCAUUGAGGACAGACGAGCUGAGUCAUACAUGAAAAUUUUCUUUCUGCUUUUUGCGUUGUUAGUUUCAAUA